AUGGAUCCGCUGUCGAUAACGGCUGGCAUUAUUGCUGUUCUGCAGCUCACAUCAACCCUCACCAACUACAUCAACGAUUCUAGAAAUGCGACAAAAGAGCAAGUUCUGCUGGCGAUUGAAGCCAGUAAUCUCUACGGUCUGUUGACUACGCUGCGCUUUCAAGUGGAAAAAGCCCGAUCCAACGACCCAUGGUUUAAUCAAGUGAAGUUGUUGGGAUUCGAAAAUGGCCCACUGGACCAGUUUAGAGCUUUUCUCGAAACAAUCGUGAGCAAACUGUCGUCGUCCAGGAAAAGAGAUCAGAUCAAGUCUGCACUACAAUGGAAAUUUACCAAGCAAGAGGUGGAAAGUACGUUGUCUCGAAUAGAGCGUCUCAAAUCGCUCGUCAAUCUUGCCUUGACAAAUGACUUAACGACGUUGUCGAAGGCAAUUCACGAUGAUGUCAUCAUUGUGAAAGAAAGAACCGAGCAAAUACGGAGCUUCACGGAUCUAACCACAGAGGAGCAGCGAAAUAGACUGUCACAAUGGUUGAAACUAGCGGAUCCAUCUACCAAUUACCACGCGGCGCUUCAGAAGCGUCAUCCCGAGACCGGGCUAUGGCUGCUCAAUGGUCAAGACUUCCUCGAUUGGAAAAAUUCGACAUCUUCUUUGAUGUGGCUUAACGGGAAUGUGGGCUGUGGCAAGACAGUUCUUAGUGCUGCAACGCUACAGCAUAUCCUAGAGUGCCAGCAGUCUCAACCUGGCAUUAUGGUAGGCUAUUUUUACUUUGACUUCAACGAUAUUGAGAAGCAGUCCUGGCGAAAAGCUAUCCGAUCAUUGCUGUUCCAGCUUGCUCUUCAGGACAGCGGUAUUUUUCAAGAUCUUGAAAAGUUGUACCAACAGUGCGCCAGCGGACAGCAUCAGCCUCCUGAAACCUCUAUACAACCACUAUUUCGAGAGGCGGCGGCUCGUCCCGGGAAGAAGUUCAUUUUCCUCGAUGCACUGGAUGAAUGUACAGACCGUGAGGAAUUCUUAACCUUUCUCGACGAUCUAAUGGAGUUCAAACCACCGAACCUUCAUGUCUUGGCCACGAGUCGCCUGGAAAAAGACAUCGAAGAGGUACUGAGUUCGAUUGCGGACCACAAUAUCAAUAUUCAAAGUGCCCUGGUGGAUUCUGACAUUCGUCUCUACAUUCGCGAUCGAAUGGAGACAGACAAGAAGCUGAAGAAAUGGCCACUGUCGGUGCAGAAUGAAAUCACCACUGCACUAACGGAAAAGGCAGGUGGCAUGUUUCGAUGGGUAUAUUGUCAACUUGAGUCCAUUCGUCAGUGUGUUAAGCUCAAUGCCCUAAGAAGGGCGCUGUCAUCCCUACCAGAGACCUUAGACGAAACGUAUAAUCGAGUCUUACAAGGUCUCAAAUCAACCGGCCAACUUCAAGACACCAUCAAGGCUCUGCGAUGGCUAUGUUUCUCAGACCGUCCAUUGAAACUGGUAGAAGUGGUGGAAAUUCUUGCAAUCGAGAACGGAGAUGAAGGUGGAUUCUUCCCGGAAGAACGUCUCCCCGAUUCGAAAGAUGUGAUGGUUAUCUUUUCCAGUUUGAUCAGUCUUAAUACCAUCGAUGAGGAAAGUAACGAAAUCCAGAUUCAGCUCGCACAUUUCUCCGUUAAGGAGUUUUUGUUAUCAGAUCGAUGUACCCUUAGGUCGGAUUUUCGACCAACAAUCUGUCACUCCGUCAUUGCGGAAGGGUGUUUGCAUUAUUUACUGCACCUUUUUCAGACCGGACCUCUGACUGAGGAAGCCAUUAAGGAGUACCCGUUGGCUUUAUAUGCGGCGGAGCAGUGGUGGCACCAUACGCAGAGUAUCGAUGGUGCGCUUGACAAUAUAUUAUUGGAUCUCGCGGUAAGCCUCUUAACGAAUAAGGAAACUAGCUUAUUGUCGUGGGUACAAAUUUACAACAUUGAUGAAUCGUGGCGAGGAUUACAACUGCGGCUAAAGAUGGAUGACCUUGCUCAGCCGCUAUAUUACGCAGCAUAUCUAGGCGUGCCUGAUAUUGUCAAGAGGAUAAUGAAUGGAACUGUCUAUGUCAAUGCUCAAGGAGGAGAGUAUGGCAAUGCACUGCAGGCGGCAUCAGUACGUGGCCAUGAGAGGAGGGUAGUGAAGAUGCUCCUGGAUGCUAGAGCGGAUAUCAAUGCUCAAGGAGGAGAGUACGGCAAUGCACUGCAGGCGGCAUCAUAUCGUGGCGAUGAGAGGGUAGUGAAGAUGCUCCUAGAUGCCGAAGCGGAUGUUAAUGCUCGAGGAGGAGAGUAUGGCAAUGCUCUACAGGCGGCAUCAUUUGGUGGCCAUGAGAGGGUGGUGAAGAUGCUCCUAGAUGCCAAAGCGGAUGUCAAUGCUCGAGGAGGAGAGUAUGGCAAUGCGCUGCAGGCGGCAUCAUCUAGUGGCCAUGAGACGGUGGUGAAGAUUCUGAUGGAUGCUGGAGCUGUGGACUCGAAGGACAGCAGUAUCUGUUCCUGGAAAUGA